AUGGCGUCGUCUCGUGUCGGUCAAUCCGAUGACGUCGUACUCAAGCUUUCUGGCUUGCACUAUCAGAUAUUCGAUGGCCGCUUCCGAUGCAAGCCCACGCUUUUGGCCGGACCGACGUGCGGGAUACAAGGAUGUCAUGAGUCAGUCCUGGCUCAGCAGAAACAGGAAGUCCAUCCCCUGAAUCCACCCGCGUCUCUGAGAAAUCACAAGAAUGAAGGAGAAAUGAUCAGAAAAUGGGUCACACUGAAGAUAAUAAUCACGAUUCUUGUAACGGCCGUUACAGACGCAGUUCACGUGACUGGCAAGUGGAAUACGGGUUCAGAACGUGUAAAAAUUGUCACAAAGUUUGGAUUCCAACAAACUAGCGUCUUGGAUCGAAAAAACACUCGUGGCUUUGUAUACGGAAAUGUUACCUCCUCGGCUUCUGUUAAUUCUACACGACAGUUUCUUUUCGCCUUGGUUCCCCAAACGUUGAUAGCCUCAUUUCAUAGUGACUCCAAGUAUGCAGUAUCAUGUGGGGUGAUGAUGCAGAAUAUUAGUAGACUUGGUUUCGAAUCACGGUGUUUCACAGAUGGGAAACGCGGUGAUAUUUUCCGAUGGAUCCCUUGUGCUAAAGGACAGUUAUGUCACGAAGAAGACGAUCCGCGCGUGGUAGUUCCUGGUUGGCAAAUGACCAUGCAAGUAGAAGAACCAUCAACUGCUGAAUACUGGUACAUCGUGUUCUUGGCAUGUAAACUAGAUAAAGAGUGUAGAUGGGUCCAUUCUGAUGCCAGUGUUCUUGUUGACUACAAUAUAUGGCUAACGAACGGUCGACCGAGUUCCAGUGGUGCUAGCCCUCUAACGUGGCAGUUUUCUUUUGAUGAACAGGACACACUUGAAAUUUACAUUGUGACCUUGGUAGUUUAUAUCGUGCUCUCUGCGAUAAUGUCACGUGGUCUCCAAUUAUCCAAGACGAGCAGCCCUCCCGGACGGUUGAGAAUGCUCAACUUCAUAAUUACUAUGAAAGCUGCAGGUGUUGCUUUACAGUCACUGAAUGUUUUUGUAUUUGCUUUGGAUGGAGAAGGCUUAUUUAUUGCGAGAGUGGUUGGCGAGAUUUUACGAGUCGCGGGUAUCGAGCUUUUGUGGUUGCUGUUAUUGUUGCUGUCUCGGGGAUGGGGAUUGUAUCCAUGGACAUCCGUAUCAUCCCGCACGUGUAUAAUAAUAUGGGCCGUUCUAGCUACAACACACUUCAUUCUAUUUAUUUGUAAUUUUAUCUUCUUAUAUGAUGUUUUACACGAAGUAGAUGUGUUCUCAUCUUGGCCAGGUUAUGGACAACUGCUUAUCAGAAUAUUGUUGGCCCUUUGGUUCCUUGUGGAAAUCCGAAAGCUCAUAAUGAGGGAGCGAAGUGAAGAGCGAGCAACUUUUAUAGCACACAUUGGAUCUGGUUUUCUUGUUUGGUUUGUAUAUCUGCCUGGCCUCGGCGUCAUUGCUUCCUUCAUAUCGCAACUUUGGAGAUUUAAAAUCAUUCUUGGAAUUACAACAUUUGCUAACUAUGUUGCACUUGCAUGUCUGGUUCAUCUGUUUUGGCCUACUAGUUCGUAUAGAAAGUUCUUUCACGAUGGAUUGUAUAUGCAUCGACGGAUGGAAAGGACCGAGUCGCAUGAAAUGCAUGAUCUUGAGAGACUUUUACUCGAGACAGACGAUUCAGAUGCAGACUUCCCAGAAGUUGACUCUAGCACUUCUUUACAUGUCAUUUAG